UCCGGAGGGGCGUCAGACAGCGUUAGGGACGUGAGCGGAUCUCAGACCAGCAUCCUCCUAUUUAAGGUCCGCGGCCCGUGUUUCUCGCGGACUCGAGCGCUUCUUCACCUUAUAAGGGUCAGACCCGGAGGACUGGGAUGAUAAAGAUGAUGAUGAAGGUGAAGGUGAUGGGUCGUUCGGGACUGAGCCGCGAGGAUCUGGUUUAGUUGAGUUGAGUCUGCGUGGUUCUCGUUCAUGCCCGUCGUUACCCUGCAGGUCACCGGGUGGGAUGUCGUGGAUGCGUGUUGCGACUCUGGAGCCGAUGGGAGCUGCUGCAGCAUCAUGAGCUGCCAUGACGCCGGAGGGCGCCGGCGUUACGAGGACUCGGAGUUCACGUUGCGCGUGUAUCCCGGCGCUCUGUCCGAGGGCACCAUCUACUGCCCCGUGUCGGCGCGCAAGGUGACGUCGGCGGCGGAGGUCAUCGAGCGCGUGAUCGAGCGGCUUCAGCUGGACCGCGCCCGUCUCUACGUGCUCGCCGAGGUCAAGGAGUUCGGCGGCGAGGAAUGGAUCCUGAACCCGUGCGACUGCCCCGUGCAGCGUAUGAUGCUGUGGCCGCGCAUGGCGCUGGAGAACCGGCUGGCCGGGGACGAUUAUCGCUUUCUGCUGCGCGAGAAGGAUUUGGACGGAUCCAUCCGCUACGGCAACCUGCAGAUGUGGCUUCGCGUGACGGAGGAGCGCCGGAGGAUGGUGGAGCGCGGACUCCUCCCGCAGCCGCCGUACGUGGACGACCUCUGCGCGCUGCCCGACCUGAACGAGCGCACCCUGCUGGAGAACCUGCGCGGACGCUUUCGGCAGGAGAAGAUUUACACGUACGUCGGCGGGAUCCUGAUCGUCAUCAACCCCUUCAAGUUCCUGCCCAUCUAUAACCCCAAAUACGUUAAGAUGUACGAUAAGCAGCGUCUGGGCAAGCUGGAGCCGCACAUCUACGCCGUGGCCGACGCGGCGUAUCACGCCAUGCUACAGCGGCGGAGGAACCAGUGCAUCGUGAUCUCGGGGGAGAGCGGCUCGGGGAAGACGCAGAGCACCAACUUCCUCAUCCACCACCUGACGGCGCUCAGCCAGAAGGGCUUCGCCAGCGGCGUGGAGCAGAUCAUCCUCGGAGCCGGCCCGGUGCUGGAGGCUUUUGGAAAUGCCAAAACGGCCCAUAACAAUAAUUCCAGCCGCUUCGGCAAGUUUAUUCAAGUCAACUAUCAGGAGAGCGGGACUGUGAGAGGAGCUUAUGUGGAGAAGUAUCUUCUGGAAAAAUCCCGACUGGUUUAUCAGGAGCACAAUGAGAGGAACUAUCAUGUGUUUUACUACCUGCUGGCCGGAGCGAGUGAAGAAGAAAGAAAAGCGUUUCAUCUCCUGAAACCAGAGGAGUAUCACUACCUGAACCAGAUAACAAAGAAAGUCCACAGACAGCACUGGGGAAAUUACUGUGAGACCGAGCUGGACUGCUUCACGGUGGAAGGUGAAGACCUGAAGCAUGAUUUCGAGCGGCUCCAGCUGGCCAUGGAGAUGGUGGGCUUCCUGCCGGCCACCAGGAAGCUGAUCUUUUCGCUGCUGUCUGCGAUUCUUCUCCUGGGAAACAUCCGUUACAAGAAGAAGACGUACAGAGACGACUCCAUCGAUAUCUGUAACCCAGAGGUGCUUCCCGUCGUCUCUGAACUGCUGGAGGUGAAGGAGGAGAUGCUCUUCGAGGCUCUGACCACGAGGAAGACGGUGACGGUGGGCGACAGGCUCAUUGUGCCGUACAAACUGGCCGAGGCCGGGACGGUGAGGGACUCGAUGGCCAAAUCUCUGUACGGUGCUCUGUUUGACUGGAUUGUGUUUCGUACAAACCACGCUCUGCUCUACAACAAAGACCUGGAGGAUUCAGACAAGAUCCUCUCCAUCGGCGUCCUGGACAUCUUCGGCUUCGAGGACUACGAGAACAACAGCUUCGAACAGUUCUGCAUCAACUUCGCCAACGAGACGCUGCAGCAUUACUUCAACCAGCACGUCUUCAAACUGGAGCAGGAGGAGUACCGCUCUGAGGGUAUCAGCUGGCACAUGAUAGACUACAUUGAUAACACGGCCUGCAUCAAUCUGAUCAGUAAGAAGCCCACGGCUCUGCUCCACCUGCUGGACGAGGAGUGCAAUUUUCCGCAGGCGUCUAACCAGACUCUGCUGGACAAGUUCAAGCGGCAGCACGAAGGAAACGUCUACAUCGAGUUCCCCGCCGUCAUGGAGCCGGCGUUCAUCAUCAGACACUACGCCGGCAAAGUCAAGUACAGCGUCAAGGAUUUCCGGGAGAAGAACACGGAUCACAUGCGUCCAGAUAUCGUGGCUCUGCUGAAGAGCAGCCGAAACGCGUUCAUCUGCGGCCUGAUGGGAAUCGAUCCGGUGGCCACCUUCCGCUGGGCCGUGAUCCGAGCUUAUUUCCGGGCGCUCGUUGCCUUCAGAGAAGCCGGGAGACGACACCAAGAGAAGAAGACCACGACGAGCGGUUCUGAUGGUCCGGUUCAGAAUCAGAAAAGCGUAGACAGCUUCAGUUUUCUUCAUCAUCCUGUUCACCAGCGGAGCCUUGAGAUCCUGCAGCGAUGCAAAGAUGACAAAUACAAUUCAUGCCUCGGCCGGAGAAGCCCACGGACUCCUCUCUCAGACCUGCAGGGAACAAACACAUUCAGUGACAAAAUGAGCCGGAGGAGCGAGCGCGUCCCGUCUCUCGAGGACGAGGGGAUCUUCGUCAACUCGGUGAAUAAUAAGCUGCUGGAGCGAGCUCAGGGCAUCCUCAUGAGAAACAAGAACUACAAGAGCAGGCCCAGCCUCCCGAAGCACCUGCUGGACGUGAAGUCACUGAAGUAUCUGAGCGGCCUGACGCUUCACGACAGAAUCACCAAAUCCCUGCUGCACCUUCACAAGAAGAAGAAACCUCCGAGCAUCAGCGCUCAGUUCAACGUGUCUCUGAAUAAGCUGAUGGAGACUCUGGGACAGUCGGAGCCGUACUUUGUGAAAUGCAUCCGCUCGAACGCAGAGAAGCUUCCUCUGCGUUUCAACGACACUCUGGUGCUGAGACAGCUACGAUACACCGGCAUGCUGGAGACGGUCAGGAUACGACGCUCUGGAUACAACGUUAAAUACAGCUUCCAGGAUUUUGCUCAUCACUUCCGGGUGCUGUUACCCGCGGGCUUUCACUCUUCUCAGACGGGAAUCAGACAGUUCCUGCAGAGCCUUGACCUCGAGCCUCAUGGACACCAAGUGGGAAGAAGCACGGUGUUCCUGCGGGAGCGUCUGCGUCAGCGUCUGCAGGAGCAGCUUCAUCAGGAGGUUCUGAGGAGGAUCGUGUGUCUUCAGAGGAGCUUCAGGACGCAGCGGGAGAGGAGACGCUUCUGCAGACAGAGACGAGCCGCUCGACUCGUACAGCGCUGGUGGAGGGCCUGUCUGAGCCGCUCUGAUGCCGAGCUCCAGCAGGGGGCGGUGCUGCGUCUGCAGGCGGCCUGGAGAGGCUUCAGAGAGCGCCGGCUGUUCCUGCGGCGGAGGAGAGCGGUGCUGGUCAUCCAGACCUUCUGGAGGAGAGUCCUGGAGACACGGCGCUCGGCCGCACGCCUCAUACAGACCGUCUGGAGGAGCUUCAGAGACAGACGGAGAUUCCUGCAGCAGCGCAGAGCCGCCGUCACGCUACAGGCCGCCUGCAGGGGACAGAGAGACAGACACAGGUGCCGCAUCCUUCGAGAGCAGCGCCGCGGAGAGCGAAGCCUCUGUGAAAACACUGUGAUCAAAAGUUUACACGCCCCUCAAACCCCUCGAGAAGCUCCCAGGUCUGCAGACGACAGCACGCUGAAGAGCCGCUCCAAGCGGGAGAGCAGGAGGCAGCGGGAGCUCCAGCAGGCCAGCUUCAGCCUCCAGCUGCUCAAAGUGCGCUCCGGCUCGGUGGACGACCCUCAGGUCUCCAGACGUCUUCCCUCGGACGGCCAAGAAAGCCCCGAGGAGCCUGAGGAGAACCGGAGCGCCGCCAAACCUCACUUCUACAUCGCAGAUGAGGAGAGCAGCCCGGUCAGGCAGCCUCGGGAGAAGAAGGAGUCGGUCGUGGUCAUCAUCCGCAUGCAGAAGGAGAACCCUGUGGACCGGAGAACCGCGGAGAACCGCGAGGACGGCUCGUCUUCUCCGGAUCGCCCUGAGCCGCCUUCUUCCGAAGCCCUCCGGCUGGACUCGAGGGACUCGCUUCGGGAAGAGCCUUCGGAGGAGAAGAAGGAGGUCCAGAAGAAGACGGUUUCUCAGAGCAUCAGCAUCAGCAUGAAGGAGAAGACCUUCUCUCCCAAACGCAGCAGGCUGACCUUCUCCAAGUCAGAUAAAGACCUGGUGAAUCAGGAGCGAUCGCUGGCCAUCCAGAGAGAGGCGGGCUUCAGAUCCCUGAAAAACAGAGAGUCGUCUCAGAAAGAGCAGAAGAGGAUCCAGAAGACCAUGUCGUCCGGAGACCUCGGGAAAAUGGAUUCGCUCCGGAAGUCGUUCUCACAAACCGACGGCAGGGUCAGAGGCAAAAUGCGUUUCUGGAGUAAGAGCAAACAUGGAGAUAAAAAGGUGUCCAGCAGGGGACGCUCCGCAGAUUCAGAGCUCGGCGAGCCGAGGAACGACUCUCCUCCGGGAAGCCCUGGCCGGGCCGGACUGUCGGAGCGCGGACGGGACAGCAAGGAGAACCGCGAGCCGAUGAUGGGCGUGAUGUCCAUGAAGAGGAGACGCAGCGUGAAGAUCAGCAGCGUGUCUCUAGAGUCGUCUGUCUGGCAGAACGACGCGCUGCACAUCCUCACCAGCACCGCAGACUACCGCAGCAUGAACGACUUCCUCAUGAAGAAGAUCAGCGAUCUGGAAGCUGAAGACGGUCAGAAGGACACUCCGGUGGAUGUGGUUUUCAAGAAGGCCCUAAAAGAGUUCCGCCUCAACAUCUUCAACUCGUACUCUACCGCUCUCGCCAUGGACGACGGCAGGAGCAUUCGUUAUAAAGACCUCUACGCUCUGUUCGAACACAUCUUAGAGAAGAACAUGCGUCUGGAGCAGAGAGACUGGAGCGAGUCGCCGGUGAAAGUCUGGGUCAACACCUUCAAAGUCUUCCUCGAUGAGUUCAUGACCGAGUACAAGCCGAUGGACGGGACCAUCAGUAAGGCUCCUAAACCCGAGAGAAAGAAGAGGAGAAAAAAGGAAUCAGACACCGUGGAGGAGCACAUGGGCCACAUCUUUAAAUCCACUCAGUACAGCAUCCCGACCUACUGCGAGUUCUGUUCGUCUCUCAUCUGGAUGAUGGACAAAGCGUGCGUCUGCAAACUCUGUCGCUAUGCGUGUCACAGGAAGUGCUGUCUGAGGAUGACCACCACAUGUAGCAAGAAGUUUGACCCCGAGCUGUCUUCACGGCAGUUUGGGGUAGAGUUGUCUCGUUUAACGAGCGAUGAGAGAGCCGUCCCUCUGGUGGUGGAGAAGCUGAUCAACUACAUCGAGAUGCACGGCCUGUACACCGAGGGCAUCUACAGGAAGUCUGGAUCCACAAAUAAAAUCAAAGAACUCAAGCAGGGGCUGGACACCGAUGCUAACAGCGUGAAUUUAGACGACUACAACAUCCACGUGAUCGCCAGUGUGCUGAAGCAGUGGUUGCGUGACCUUCCGAACCCCCUCAUGACCUUUGAACUCUACGAGGAGUUUCUCAGGGCUAUGGGUCUGCAGGAUAAGCGUGAGGUGGUUCAGGGGGUUUAUUCGGUCGUCGAUCAGCUCAGCCGGACUCACCUGAGCACGCUGGAGAGACUCAUAUUCCACCUGGUCCGGAUCUCGUUCCAGGAGGAGACGAACCGCAUGUCCGCCAACGCUCUGGCCAUCGUGUUUGCGCCCUGCAUACUGCGCUGUCCCGACACCACCGACCCGUUACAGAGCGUCCGGGACAUCGGCAAGACCACCGCGUGUGUGGAGCUGAUCAUCUGCGAGCAGAUGAGGAAAUAUAAAGCCCGCCUGAAGGACAUCAACACGCUGGAGUUUGCUGAGAACAAAGCCAAGAGUCGUCUGACGCACAUCCGGCGCUCGAUGAAGCCUGUACUAAUUGCGGUUAGGUUUAUUGGCAUUACAAGAAGUGCCACGCCGCCAAACGUAGUGAAAAAGGGCAAGGCGCGUUUACGUAAAAGCGGCCGUCACACGCCCUCACCACCCUUGAGCCCUCGGGCGGCCGAGAGGGAGGAGCCAGGCGAGGAGGGGGCGGAGCCUGGGCUGAGCGAGCAGCAGCAAGCGGCCAUGCAGCAGGAGGAGAAGGUUCUGACUCAGCAGAUAGAAAACCUGCAGAAAGAGAAGGAAGAGCUGACCUAUGAGAUGCUGGCUCUGGACCCCAGAGCGUCCGAUGACGAGAUGCUGGAGUCGGAGGCGUCCAUCGGGACAGCGGACAGCUCCGAAAACCUCAUGGAGUCGGAAGGCGCCGCGUCCGAUCAGUGGGAAAAAGGCCCCGGCGCGGCGUCGGCGAGCCGCUGGAGGAAGUCCGAGUCCAAAAGCAGACGUGGUUUACGUCGUCAGCCUGAAUCUCUGGACUCGGUGGACUCGGCCGUAGCCUCGCUGUCGUCCGUGUCGUCCACGCCUCACUACCGCUUCCGCUCGUCCUCCUCCGGGCCGCUGUUUUCGUCCGGCUCUCCCGGGGACUUGCACAUUCUCCCCGACCAGGAGGGCCCCGAACAGGCUUCCCUGACCACCCGAUGUGCCUCCAGCUCCGAGAAAACCCACCCGCGGCCCAGAGCCAACCGAAGCUGCCCGCCCAAGCCCCGCGAGCCGGGAGAGGGCGUCAGCGGCGGCCGGAGACGAGAGCAUGACUUCGCUUCUUCUCAGCCUUUGGUGCUGUAUGGGAGCAACGAAUUUAUGGUGUGACGGCGAUGGCGUCCAACGUUGGCCGGAGCGGGGUCGAAGCAGAAACACCAAUGGAUGUCCGAAAAACUUUCCAAGCGAAAGAGAACGUGCUUGAAAAUCAACCAUCAAUUGCUCACCCUUCCAGUGAACGAAAUGCAAGGAAGGUACUAAAAACGAUGCUGGUGAACGACCUACUGACUGUAACGGACCUGCUGGACCGGUCUGUUUUUCACAACAAGAAUACGUGAACAGGGAAAGAGCGGUUUUUAGCCAACGCGCAAUGUCCAUUUUUCAUGUUUACAGAACUGAGCCAAUGAGAAGUCCAGCGACUUCGACUGACUGCAUGCCGUAUUGCUACCAUUUUGUUUUCACUCUAUGAUUAAAACCUUUGAUAAAGUGCUAAAUAUGUAAAAUAAUAUUAUAUUAUUGAUAAGGGUCGAACGAAUCGUGUAAAUAGCUGCUGCUGGUUGAACCGCGUGAGAAUAACGUCUUUAUGUGUUGCAGAUUGAAAACUAGAGCGCGUGAAUCUGGUGUCCGUGUGUUGUUUCUUAUGGGUGACUCUGACGAAAACGCACACCGUUUAGGUCUCAUUUCAUCCCGUUUUUUGCUUAAAGCAAACGAGCUCGCAAAAGCGGGGUUGGUCUGACCUGGACGAGCGCUUUAACCCACGUCAUUUGCUUUUUUUCCCUCAAGAAAACGCAUUGUCCAUUCAGACGAAAAAGCAAAAGGAUGAUGAAAAGUCAGAUUCGUGCGUUUGUCUCAUAAUCCUUUGCCGCGCUUUUGUUGCCAUCCUUUUCUUUUUCAUCAGUGUUUACGUACGACCAAAUCAGGACUUGAAAAUGUAUUUAGUUUUUUGGUAAAUUUGCUUUUUUAAAGUGCAUUGCGUUUUACACAUGCUGAUAUUUUAUCGUGAAAUUCAAGUUUAUUAAUAUCUUCGGCGUUCCGUUGUUAAAUCUGGAGUCACGCGUUUAUCCUUUCUGUUUAUUUAGGGCUAAUUUAUCACCAACCUCCUCCGCUGUGGAUUUUUUUUACCCUUUAAACUGUCAUUAGUAGAUUAACAUAGCAGUCAAGUUCACGGAAAACCGGCUCAAAGCUCAAAGCGCGGACUAUAUAGUACGUUCACGCAGUCAACGUUGCUGUUUAUGUGCAGGGAAUGUGUCUCCAGAAGCUGUUUACUCUUUCGAUGUGCUGUUACAGAUAUCUACGUCUAUAUCUAUGUCAUAUCAUUCAUAGCCUAUUGCAAGAAACCAUCGCCAUGGUGCAAUAUCUCAAGAGACAUUAAGCUAUGUUUUUAUGUUCUGAUAAGUAUACUCGGGUACUGUCCUAACCACUAAAGCUCAGAGACAGGCAGUAAGAAGGAAACUUGUUUGUGAAUGUAAUCACUGUAGCAUGCCACACUAUUGUCAAAUUUCUCUUUUACGGCUACUGUAUUUAAGACCACGUUUGAGGCCGGAAACAUACUCUGUGCAAAAAAGCCCAAAUCCAAAUAACAUAUUAGCGCAAAUAGCAGUGCGGUCGCUAAUUUUGUGUGAGAAAGGUCUGUUGUCCGUUCUUCGCCACGCCGGAGUUAACGUCACCGCACCUUAACUCUUCGUAGCUUGUAACUGGUUCGCGGAGGCCAUCUCUGCCACUUCAGCGAGUCAUAAAAGGUGAAAAAGAUUACGUCACAAUUUGCAAUCAUGACUUUAAAAGUUGCGUUUGACAAAGAUGGAAACAUGACACACCGUACGAAGUCAUAAUUACGACAUAUAAAGUCGAAAUUGAGUUUGCCGCCAUUAUCAUGUACCAAGUCAUCGUUAUGAUUUUAAAGUUUGACAAAAGGUAAGAAUUCUGAGAUAAAAGUUCACAUUAUGGCUUUAAAAUUUAAACAACACAGAAAGUCGAAACUUACUUUAAAAGCUGAUACCGGCGUGCUAAAUUGCGAUUCUAACAAAUCAAAAAAGAGAUAUAAAGGCAAAAGGUAUUUGUAUCGAUUUCGACAUAUCUCAAAACUAUGCAUUUUUAUCAUUUUGAUUUUUUAAGGUCGUAAUUACGUCAUCAGAAGUUGCGGAAGUGGGCUUCAGUAACCGGAUGUGUUGCAAUCAGUCGUUUAACUCCUUAACCCGAGUUUAGGUUGCUACCGUAGCAAUAAGCACGUGGUCAGGUUAACUAGCAUUACCUUAUUUUUCUCAAAAUCUCCAUCCAAGAUGUAAAAAACAAACAAAUACCGGCCGUUUCGGUAAUGAGCUUUAGGCGCGAACUCGAAGACACGUGACCUGCGUCGGUUAAAGCGGGCGCGCGCGUGCGCGGAGUAUGUUUUUUGGCGUGAGACUUGUUUUUAAAAACAAGGGACGUAAUUGAGUAAUGUACUAUCUUGCAUAUAUCGUUUUUUUUACGUUGAAUGAUCCUGCUCUGUGUGUUUUGAUGGACUGACAGUCUCUACAAACAGAUUUGUGCUUUCGGAGUCGGUGUUUGUGCUCUCGCGAGAGCGGUUGUAAACGGUGCAAUUUGUGUAAUAUUUCUUUAAUGUGUAAAUGUAAGGAUGUAAAAAAAAAAAAAAAAAAAAAAAAAAAAAAAACCAUAAUCAUUGUCAUAAACCUGAUGUUUUCCUUUGUCCGGGUGGAGAGAAAGCGGACACUUGUGCUUUCUAGAGAAUUACAGCAUUGGGGUGAAUGGAAUUAAAUUAAAUCAAUUCAGUAAUAUAA